AUGCAUCUUAUCAUUCCAGGUAAUGGACCAUCAGCUAUCAGUUUAUCAUUCCUGCUGUCUGGUAACCGUCCCUAUUACAACGGAAUUCCACAUUCUAACGAAAUCCUCACCAAGAAAUUAGCAGAACUGAAGAACGGUUUAUCAAUUGUUGAACAGGACCUCGAAUAUCUCUCUGAGGGUCUAGAUGGCCGUUCAUCCAAUCCUGUGGCCUUAUUAUUCGAUGCUUUACUUCAUCCUGACGCUGAUCUAGGGGCAGAUAACCCAUCAUUACUUACUUGGCAGAAAGACGACAACCAUGUUAUACCUCAUGUAGUUUUAGGGAAAUCCAUACCAGGGGGAUCUUGGCAGAGAAUGGAUGGCAGUAUGCAGACGUUAAGUUUAAAUACCUGGAUGGAAUUACCGUCUGCGCCAUUUAGAGAAUGGCUAGCCAAGAAAAAACGGACUACAUCAAUGAACAACAGAGCAACAAUAGCAGACGUCAAGAAUUAUUAUCUAGAUUUUGUGAAUGAUAGAAAGUUAUCUCCUUAUUUUUACGACCACCAUACGGUGACCUCGGUUCAAAAAGUUUUUCAACUGCGUAGUCACGUGGAUGGUGAAAGCGGAGAAGUUGUACCCUGCUGUAAAAACGUUAAACAAAACCAUAGUUACUUAUGGGAGGUACGAGGCUAUCAUUACAAACCAAGUGACCAUGAUGAUGUAAAUGGCAACAUUGUUCGCGAAGAAUUUUGUUUUGUUGCACCAAACGUUGUUCUUGCGAAUGGGACAUACGACAUUCCUAAUAAACUUGGGGUUGAGGGAGAAACAUUGCCCAAUGUGGUUCAUUCGUUGGCUGAUUUAGAAAAAGUUUUGAAAAUUGAAAACCUCCACCCUUCUUCAGACCCCAUAUUGGUUGUUGGGGCUGGUUUAAGUGCAGCAGAUUCUAUUUUGAUGUCGAUGGGGAAGGGAAUUCCUGUGAUCCAUUCGUUCCGAUGCCCACCGAACGAUUCCUCGCUAAUUUUCAGAAAGUUACCAUCGAAGAUGUAUCCUGAAUAUCGUAAUAUUCAUUCGUUGAUGAAGGGCACGGAGGAAUCUGAACUUUAUAAACCUUACGGUAAUCAUAAAGUGGUGGAGAUCAAGGAAAAUAAGGCAUUUAUUCAGGCGUUAGAUUCAGGGGCCAUUACAUCACUUUGUGUGUCAUUUAUCGUUGUGAUGAUAGGGUCAAGGUCAGAUUUAUCUUUUCUACCUCAGGAAGGCAAGUGUCUUGGACUCGUUCCAAAAUGGCCGAUAGACAGCAAGCAUAAUCCUAUUGAUAUUAAUACGUUAAGUUAUGAAUCGAAUCACGAGCCAGGACUAUAUGCGAUGGGACCCCUAGUGGGAGAUAAUUUCGUUAGAUUUGGUAUUGGUGGAGCCUUGGGAAUAACCAGUCAUAUGCUAGCACGACAGAAGGAACGCAGCGAACCUCAAUUGGCUACUGAGUAG